CGUGCUCCCCUUGGGUUACGGGGCGGGGAGGCCAUUUGCAGGUGACUCGGCUCAGCCCGGCGUCUGCCCUCACCACGCCUGCCGCGGGGCCCAGCGGCAGGGGGCGGGCUCCGGACCUCCGCACCAGCCGGCCGCAGAGGCCGACCCUGCACUCGCCCGGCUACGGCGUGUAACGGGCGGGGCCGGGUGCUGGAACCCCAGUCAGGGACUUGGGGAUCGGAGCCCAACCACCCAAGAUGCCGAGCUCCUCCCAGGGCCCGCAGAAUGGCACCUGGGCAGAGCCCUUCUCCCUGCUCUUAGGUCUUGGCGCCACCCUCUGCCUGGGCUACUACUGGAGAUAUGUGCCACAGGGGACUCCGCUGGUGACUGGGUUCUUGGCCUUCCUGGAGCAACACUGUGCAGUCACUCUGGAGACUUUCUACCCUACGCUAUGGUGUUUUGAGGGGCGGCUACAAACCAUCUUCCAAGUCCUACUGCAGUCCCAGCCUCCAGUCCCUUACUGGAGUGAAGUCCUCCAAACCCCAGAGAGAGGCCAGGUCCUGAUAGACUGGGCUGGCCUGCGCGGCAGCAGUCAGCACCCUGACUCUACUACCCAGCCCAUUGUGUUAUUACUUCCCAGCAUCAUGGGCAGUAGCCAGGACUCCUAUAUCUCCCAACUGGCUAGCCAAGCUCUGAGGGAUGGUUACAGAGCUGCUGUAUUUAGUAACCGGGGCUGCCGUGGGGAAGAACUGCUGACCCACAGGGCCUUUUCUGCCAGCAACACUGAAGGUCUGGAGACAGUCGUGAACCACAUAAAGCACCGCUACUCCCGAGCUCCACUGCUGACCGUGGGCAGCUCUCUUGGAGGGACAUUAGUGCUGAACCACCUAGCCCGAACAGGACAGGCUUCAGGGCUGGUGGCGGCACUGACUCUGUCUGCAUGCUGGGAUUCCUCUGAGACCACCCGCUCCCUGGAGACCCCACUCAACUCACUGCUCUUCCAUCAGGGCCUCACUGCUGAGCUCUGCCACACUGUGAACCGAAACAGAAAGGUGAUGGAAAAGGCGGUGAAUGUAGACUUUGUGCUACAGGCCUGCACAAUCUGCCAGUUUGAUGAGCGCUACACCACUGUGGCCUUUGGAUAUCAAGACUGUGUUACCUACGACCAAGCAGCUAGCCCAAGAACCAAGGUAAAUGCCAUCCAGACCCCUGUGCUCUGCCUCAAUACAGCUGACGACCCCUUCUCUACCAUCUGCACCCUUCCCAUACAGGCUGCCCAACGCUCUCCCCACAUCGCACUCUACAUGACCCGCCUUUUACAUCAGUACGCCAGAGCCGUCUUCCAGCACCCAUCGGACCUGCUCAACCUCGGGGACCUCUUACCUUCCAACAGAGGCAAGAGCUGACAGCAGAACCACCAGG